GAUAGCAGACACUCGCGGACCCUGACAGACACAAACAGAACACGUGAAACCUGGAGACACGUGCAGCGCUAGGGAGGCAGUACACUGGACACAAAAAAAUCUAGUUCUGAGAAGAGGAAGGAGAAUGUGCAUGAGUAAAAGAACCUGGAACAUCUGAGAUUUGCAGAAGCAAGAAUUAGUCUGGAAGAAACCAAGUGAGUGGAGAGGGAUGGAAACUCUGAUGGCUGUGAUCUCUUGGAUGGGGGCUCAGGCCUCAUCCUUUUGGAACAAUAUCACAGCAGUGCUCAUCUAUCUCCUACUUCUGGCCCUGCUGCUUGAUUAUGUGAUGUUCAGGAGGAAAAGCAGCCGCCUUCCACCGGGACCUACUCCUCUACCUUUCUUUGGUAACUUGCUGCAGCUCGAUUUCUGGCGCCCAGUUAACACCGUCCAACAAUUGACAAAAAGAUAUGGAAUGCUCUUCCUAGCCCAAGCUGGAUGGACAAAUCUAGUUGUAUUGAAUGGGUUUAAGGUGAUGAAGGAGGCACUGGGAAAGAAAACCGAGGACUUUAUUGAGCGACCAUCUGUCCCACUAUUGUGUCUAGCAGGCUACACAGAGAAUUGUCAAGGACUAGUCUUGGCAGGCUGCAGCACUGGCUGGAAAGAGCAGAGGAAAUUCGUUCUCUCCACUCUGAAAACCUUUGGAAUGGGGAAGAAAACUCUUGAAAUGAUGGUAUCUAAAGAAGCUGAACAUCUGUGCUCUGAGCUGAAAUCACAAGGAGGUGCUCCUUUUAUCCCACACGAUCUUGUGAACUCUGCAGUUGGCAAUAUUACCUGUACCUUAAUACUUGGUAGCCGAUUUGAAUACAGUGAUGAGAAAAUCCAUACAUUACUUCAUUUAACUGAGGAUUUGCUGCAGACCUUAACAAAAAACAUCACCCAGAUGGUAGCUGCAAGAUCCUGGUUCUCCUAUAUUCCUGGACCUCACCUUAAAAUUAGGGAAGUCUAUAAUGAUAUUACUGCUAUAUUUAAAGAGAUUUUGAAUGAACAUAAGAAAACCAGGGAUCCAGCCUUUGCAAGAGAUAUGACUGAUGCCUAUCUGGAAGAGAUGGAAAAGGCAAAAGGGACUCCAGAGAGCAGUUUUAAUGAGCAAAACGUUCUAAAAAUAAUUUUUGAACUGUUUGUAACUGGUACGACAACAACUUCUUCCACCAUACUCUGGGGGUUGCUGGAAAUGGUCUUAAAUCCAGAAGUUCAGAAAAGAGUCCAAGAAGAAAUUGAGAAAGUGCAUGGCAGGGACAAACCACUCAUGAUGAAGGACCUGCCAGACCUGCCCUACACUAAUGCUGUCCUCUAUGAAAUCCAACGCUAUGCUGAUAUUGUACCUAUUCCAUUGCCAUAUAUAACACAUCGAGAUGUUGAAGUCGGCAAGUUUGUUAUCCCAAAGAACUCCAUAGUCUUCAAUAACUUGUCUUCAGUGCUGAAGGACGAAACCAUGUGGGAGAAGCCACACAACUUUUACCCCGAGCACUUCCUGGAUGCUAAUGGACAGUUUGUCAAGCGAGAGGCCUUCCUGCCUUUCUCUAUAGGUCGUCGUGCUUGCCCUGGAGAACAAAUAGCUAAAGUGGAGCUCUUCAUCUUCUUCACCACCCUCCUGCAGCGUUUCACUUUCUGCAUCCCUGAGAACCAUCCCAGGCCCAAGGAAGAUAGGGUCUUUUCCUUCAAUGUUACUCCUCUCCCUUUCCAUAUUUGUGCCAUCCCUAGAUAAUUUCUUCAGAAUAUCUGCUACUCAGUCUUCUGUGAUGGCCCAAGAAGUUUUCCAGGAUGAAAAAAAUUGAAGAAGUAUCAGAUUUAUGUCAUUCAGGAAUAAAACUUGUUCAGAACAA